AUGGAACGUGUGCUCCCGAGAAGGGACCGGGCAGUGAACCCCCUUCUUCGCGCCUACGCGCUCGGGUACCUGUCAUCGGUCACCCCGAGGUUGGUGUCGUAUGUACGCCGACUGGACAGGCAAGACUGGACUGCACAGCAGAAACUUCAAGAGCUAGUUCAAGUCUUGACUGGCCCGUUGCGAGUUAACAGUUUCCCAACAUUUUGUGCUGCCUUAGUAGGCGGCUCAACCUUGCUACCAAUAGGAUUGUAUCGCCUAUGUGCUUUGAUCACUGCAGGACUUACCAGAGGCGACAUUCGCAUAUCUCAAAGGCUCGAUCGCUUGAUUCGAUUCGCUGCAGCCUUUCUAUCAGGAUGGUUCAGUUUCCAACUUAUCAACAGAAACCGCAUUUGUCUUCCGACAGAAGAUGUCAGGGCUCAGCGGAAGUCGACUGAGCGGGAAUCUACAGGCCAGAAAUAUGAUUCCAGUCAAGUUGCAGCCAAUCCGCUUGAGAAUCACCGCCCAGAGCUGGCAGGGAGGACAAUGGACCUUACCAUCUUCUCAGUCACACGAGCCAUGGAUGUCAUCGCGUGUGUGGCAUGGAAUCGCUGGUCCCGCCACCGCAAGGCCCAGAACCGGUGGACUGUUGCCGAACGCUUCGUACCUGGAUUAGCGGAUGCAGGAUUAUUCGCCAUGAGCGCAGCUAUCGUCAUGUGGGCAUGGUUUUAUCUCCCAGAGAGACUGCCCAGGACAUACGAGAAAUGGAUCGGGGAAGCCGCUCAGGUUGACUCGCGUUUGAUCGAGGCUUUGCGCCGUGCUCGACGAGGUGUCUUUGUAUACGGAAAGGAUACUGGACAAGCACCACUUCUCAAGCCUAUGUGCAAGGACUAUAACUGGCCAGAAGAUUGGGGAGACCCAGCCAAAACCGUUCCAAUCCCCUGCGAAAUGGUCCACAUGGGCUGCGGCCCUAGCUGUGAGAAACACGCCUUGUACCGCUUUGCCAGAACCUUUAAAUUUGCCUGUGCAACGUACAUCCCGCUACAGAUUGUUCUCCGUCUGGGGGGGAUGAAGUCCACAGCAGCUCUUCGGCGGGCUAUUUUUGAUGCUGCCCGAUCCUCUGCCUUCUUGGCCUCAUUCGUGAGCCUUUUCUACUACUCUGUUUGUCUUGCUCGAACAAGACUCGGCCCUAAGAUCUUCGAUCCGAAGACUGUCACCCCGUUGAUGUGGGACUCCGGCCUCUGUGUCGGAGUGGGAUGUCUCAUGUGUGGCUGGAGUGCAUUGGUCGAGAAGGCGCGGAAGAGACAGGAGCUGGCGCUAUUUGUGGCACCCCGGGCAGCUGCCACGGUCUUGCCACGGUUGUACGAUAAAAAGUAUCAAUACCGAGAGCGCGUUGCAUUUGCUGUCAGCGCCGCUAUUCUUAUCACUUGCCUUCGAGAACGGCCCAGCAUGGUUCGAGGGGUCUUUGGCCGCAUCACUAAUAGCGUUUUGAACUAG